UAUACAGCCUUGGAUGGCGGGCAGGGCAUCUUAUUUUUGCUGUAAAAAUUAAGUUGGCAUUGGUUUUAGCAUUUAAAAACCAUGGCCUUCUUUGAAAUAAAAGAUCUCAUGCUAGAUUGUCAGCCUUGAGACCUUUGGUGUUGGUCUCGAAAAGCAUUUUCUUCAACGUGAUUUGCCUGCUGCAAUUUAAAUUUCCAUGGAGAUUGUCUUGGAUUGGAGCAGUACAGGAUUUUUACCUCUGCCUGGUCUUAUUCUGAGGAUCUGUGGUACUGCCGCCGGCGGGCUGCGGUGGCCGGCCGGUGUCCUGUGCUGACCUCCCGCGGUCGGGUACAGACACCGCUGGGCCAUGCCGCGGCCGGCGCUGUGGCUAGAUGGCGCUACCAGCCGGUGGCGGCGCUACAAGCGCUCCCUGUCGGCGUCUGCCACCGUCCAGGGAGAGGUGGUGCCCUCGGCGGGCCUGGAGCUGGCCUCUCUGAUGGCUGACCACGGCCUGAUGCGCGUCCUACAGGUAUACCCGGGCGACAUGCCGGUACGUCUGUUCGCCGAGCUGAGUCUCUCCGAGGUGUCCAACAUUGAGGACAGCCAGACUCGGGCGGAGGUGGAGCGGGCGUUGGAGUUGGCCAGGGAGGCAGUCCUGCAGAGACAGACCGGGGUGGGCGGCGCGUCGGGCGGCGGCGGCAGCGGCAGCGGCAGUCUGUCCGUGUCGCCAGCGACGACCGGGCCGCCGCCGCUGCUCAGUCGCCGCUCGGUGGACGAGUCGGCCAUGGCGUGUGGCCACCGGCGGCCGCUGGUCCGGCACAGCUCGGACGACACGCGCCGGAGACGGGAGAGUUUCGCGGCCGGCGGGCCGGCGCACAGCUCGGCCAGUUCGAUCGGCCUCGGCCACGGCUCAGGAGAGGGGUCGAACCUGCUGCGGAUGCGCCGCUCCAACCUGGGACGUUCGGCGCCGUCUCUUUCGGCCAGUCUGAAGGAGCUGAACAUCAGUAAGCGCUCGUCGCGGGCCCACCGCCGCUCGGUUAUCGUCACAUCGUCACCGACACUGCCGAGAUGUCACUCACCAAUGCCAGGCAGUCCCGUCGACAGCCCCAAGAAUAUGUCACCGAACCAGCACUUCGCGUUUGCCGCCGUGAAACGGACGGUGGACGGGCGACGCUGGUCGGUGGCCUCCCUACCGUCGUCCGGGUACGGCACCACUCCCGGCAGCUCCAACGUCUCGUCUCAGUGCUCCUCCCAGGAGCGGCUGCACCAACUGCACUGCUGUGCCCAGCCUCCCCCUCCGCCGGCGCCGGUCACCGGAGACCUGGCGCGUCACUUUUCGUCCAACGAGUCCAACCCCAGCCUGGAGGAGGAGGGCCGCUCGUCGCCGCUGGUCCGGCCUCGCUCCCGGUCUCUUAGUUCACCCAUGCGCACGCCUCUGAUUGACAAUGACGUGGUGAUCAUGAACACACUCUACAAGGAGCGCUUCCCCAAGGCGACGCAGCAGAUGGAGGACCGUCUUCAGAAGCUAAUUGAGGAGAACGAGGUGACUGAUUUGGAGACGGAAGACUCGUCACCCUCGGCGGUGGCCAUCCUCCGCUUCGUGCGGCAUCAGGUGAUGGAAAUGGUUCGCGACUGUCUGAGCAAGUCUCAGGAGCGGUGUAUCACAAGUCGCUACUUUUACGACCUCUCAGAGAACCUGGAGAAGUUGCUCAAUGAGACCCGGGAGAAGUCAGCCGAGGCGGCCCGCCGGGUGAGCUCUCUGGUCCGUCGCCUCCUUCUCAUCAUCUCUCGGCCGGCGCGGCUACUCGAGUGUCUGGAGUUCGACCCGGAGGAGUUCUACCACCUUCUGGAGCGGGCCGAGGGACAGGCGCGCUCCUGUCAGGGUAUCACUACCGAUAUACCGCAGUACAUCGUCAGCAAACUGGGCCUGAAGCGCGACCCGCUGGCAGAGCUGACCGAAGACUUAGUACAAAUGGAGGAGGAGGCGUCGGCGUCCGCUCCGCCGCAGGCCUCCACUCCUAAGAAGGCCGACGGAGAGGACGCCAAACCGAUGCGGAGGACUGUGCACAAGGUGGCCAGCGAGGACGACUACGAGCGUGUAAAGCUGAUCUCGAACGGCGCGUAUGGCGCCGUCUACCUAGUACGGCAGCGCGGUACGCGACAGCGCUUCGCCCUGAAGCGGAUCAGCAAGCAGAACGUGGUGCUGCGGAACCAGAUGGAGCAGGUGCUGGCCGAGCGAGACAUCAUGAGCUUCACCGACAACCCCUUCGUCGUCAGCAUGUACUGCAGCUUUGAGACCAAGCGGCACCUGUGUAUGGUAAUGGAGUACGUUGAGGGCGGCGACUGCGCCUGCCUGCUGAAAAACAUCGGUAUCUUGCCCGCCGACAUGGCGCGACUCUACUUCGCCGAAACUGUGCUGGCUGUCGAAUACCUCCACAGCUUUGGCAUCGUACACCGUGAUCUAAAGCCGGAUAAUUUACUCAUUACCAGCAUGGGACACAUCAAGCUGACCGACUUUGGGCUCAGCAAGAUGGGCCUCAUGUCACUGGCCACGAAUUUGUACGAGGGGUAUAUCGACAAAGAGACGAAGCAGUUCUCGGAUAAACAGGUGUUUGGCACGCCCGAGUAUAUCGCGCCGGAGGUGAUCCUACGGCAGGGAUACGGCAAGCCGGUCGACUGGUGGAGCAUGGGUAUCAUCCUGUACGAGUUCCUGGUCGGAUGCGUGCCCUUCUUUGGCGACACACCCGAGGAGCUGUUCGCGCACACCGUCAAUGAUGACAUUGAGUGGCCGAGCGACGAGGAGUUCCAGGUGCUUCCCGAGGCCCGUGACCUGAUCUCCCAGCUGUUACAGCAGACCCCUCUGGAAAGACUGGGGACAGGCGGUGCCCAGGAGGUCAAGGACCACGCGUUCUUCCUGAACCUGGACUGGACGAACCUGCUGCGCCAGAAGGUCGAGUUUGUACCGCAGCUGGAGGACGACGAAGAUACCAGCUACUUCGACA